UACUUGUUUGUACUAUGUCAACACGGGGAUAUGUUUGGUUAGAUAGGUAGGCACUGUUUGUUCUGUAGCGAAGGCGUGUUUCAAUGAUUGACCAUCGUAGAAAAUGGGAAGUGACCAAGGACUAAUAUUUAAAUACCCAUACCUCUCCUGUCCAUCUACUACGGCUACCUGUCAUGGAUACUUAGCUUUUGUUCAAGUACCAGAACCAAACAGGAGGACUUUCAAAGGUGUGUGUGUGUUUGAGUUGAAAGGAAACUGGAAGUUGAAUCUACUGAAGAAGUACACAAUUAUUGUUUAAGCAAACAGUCUGCGUCAACACUUUCUAUUUUAGUAUUGUAAAAUGCGAUCGUGUGUCAAGGAACUCGACGCUUUCGAUUUGUGGCGAUGCGGAAUUAUAUUUCACAUCAUUUUCAUCUGGAUUUAGUUUGCUAUAUUCAGAUCAAUAGUGAAGCGACAAUAGUGAAUAUACAGCAGUAAAAGAGUGAUACUUACUUUUCAAUACCAUUAUCAAUAAUAGUAUACAUAGCAAGUUUUUUACGACACAACCAUGAGAAAAUUAGCGGAAGAGAUUGUCGAUAGAGGAUUAUAUGAAGUUAACCUGACAGCUUUGUUUCUCGGAGCAUUGCUUCCAGUGGAAAAGAGACAUGUUCGUCCUUUGGUGAGGUUCCGGAGGAUAGCCCGUCUAGCUUUGAUAUGUUGCAGACUCUGUCAACAAAGCAAGGACAGCGUGGAUGCUUCCAAGGCGGAGUACUUGUCAGUGAUACAGGUGUCCCAGGAUUACGCCCAGCUGGAUAGAGGCGGACUGUUCUUCGACCCUAGUGACUUCAAAGCCAACAAACAAAUACGAAUGCCACAAGAAGCUAGGCGAAUUCUGCAUGAUAUCCCACAUAAAAGAGCGAAAAGGGAUAUUGAUUAUCUCCGUAUCGUUCUAAGAGGAAUCAAAGCAUUUGCUGAAUAUCCAAAGAAGAUGCAGCGACAGCUUUGUCAGGUCGGCUGGUUCGAAUCGUACGAACCUCGGCGUGCGAUAAUUCGUCAAGGUCACCACCCACAUUCGUUCUACUUCAUUCUCAACGGAACAGUAAUUGUUACGGCAUUUGACAAAGACAAUGGUGGAACCAAACUAUUGGUCAGUCUUCACAGGGGAAUGUCUUUUGGGGAACUAGCUGUAAUCUCCCAGAGUAAGAGACAGGCCACUGUCAGUACACAGACUGCCACAGAGCUGCUCUGUAUAUCCGGCGAGGACUUCGAAGAAAUCUUCAUGGCGGGUGGUAAAAAGACUGUGACCGACCCCGAUCACAACUCCUUCAUCAAGAACAUACGGUUUCUGAAGAAUUGGCCUGUGCAUCUUCUUGCCCAAAACCCGAAUGCAUGCAUGUUCCAUUAUUUCAACCGAGGCCAAGUGCUGGUCCGUGACAGUAAUCAAUCUGAGUGGAUUUACAUAGUUAAAUCGGGAAGCUUAUCAGUAUUAAAGAAACUAAAAGAGGUUUUGCCACAAACGGAAGAGGAAAUCUUGUUAUCAAAUCCUAAUUUUAAAAAGAAAAAAGAUAAAAAGCGAAAACCAUACGGCACAUGGCAGCGGCGAUCUCACCAAAAGAGGCAGCGAAGUGUCACGUUAUCUUCCCGGGAAUCGGGAUCAGAAUCUACAAAGUCCUGGAAGGAAUGGGAGUCGGAACCGGAAGUGUACAAAUCUCAAUACGAAAUGGAGAGGCGAUUGGAACGGAGUUUGCCUGGUUUGAACAACCCCAGCGAAAGACUGGGCGUCCUUAACUACGACUCAAUCAUUGACACGCACAAGGCCAGGAUUGCUGGCAGCAAGCGUUCUGGCGAAGACGACGACGGUUUCAAAUUACCUCCCUUGCCAAAUGAAGAUGUACUCUCUAAAGACAAUUACAAUAAAGAUGAAGAGAAAUCUGAGAUCAGUAGUCAAAGGGUCCGGCUACCAGAUAUACGUAAAACAUCAAAGGGAGCAUAUUUAUCUUCUGGUAAGCCUAAUAGAAAAAUCAGUAAGAAGGAACACGAUCAAAAUAUUCAAAAAGAAAUUCAGAAGAGAGAGCAAGAAUUAUGGAUGAAGAAAGCAACUCAGGAAGAAGGCAGGAAAACGAUAGCGGAGGAGUUUGAUAACAAGCCACCAACAGAUUAUAAACUCACAGAGGCUGAUCUUCAUCCCAUGUUUAUUCUAGUCAAAGUCCUGGAAAGGGGGCAAUACUUCGGUGUUCACAGUGUCAUUGGAACGGAGCUACAGCCGACCUUCAGCGUCGUCAGUAACGGUGCUGAAUGUAUUAUGAUCUCAAAGAAAUUCUUCAAAGAAAAAUCCACCGAUUCUGUCAGACGCAAUCUUGAAGAAUGUGAAAGUCGGUUCCCUCCUGACGAGGCCUUACAGAGAUCUUUACAGAGCUACGUUAACUGGCAGGCCGACAGAAAGAAAAUGUAUCUCACUGUCGUGAAUGAUAAACAGAAGAGAAAAGAAAAACGACGCCAAUAUUUGCCACAAUACACCGGUCAAUAUUGCUUUCGGACAGGUCCAGUAUGAUUAGGUCAUUAACCGUGACGAGAAUUUCUUUUCAUCAACAAUAGAAAGAGAUAAGUAUGAUUCAUCUUUGCACCGAGGGCAGUGUCACAGAAGAGCACAGUUAUCAAAUGUGAUACUGAUAACUGUAACUUAACAACGAUAUUGUGAUUAUUGAAGUAAUCAUAGCAUGAAAAAUGACCUGACCCGCACAGGCUUGGAACUGGUUAUAAAGUCACGUGGCAAUAAGGAAAAUGAGGCCAACUCUAUCAAUGUCAACGAAGAAGCAAUACAUUAUGGCUGUUAUUUUGAUAUACGUACUGCAUUGUUCUACAUAGAAAUAUACACACUUACAUCGAAGUGACAGUCAAUUUCAGCUAUUCAAAUUGUUUUCUGCAGACAAUCUAGAGCCACUGAUGAGAUUUAUUGAAGACAGAAGUAGGUCACGCCACGUCAAUGAGUAGAUACAGGCAGAUAACUGCAUUUAUAUUAAGGGAAAAUAUGUAAAUAAAUAACGUCUGUAUUCUUUAUGAAUCAAGAAGAUGGAAUCUACACGACAAUAUAGGGAUUUAUAAAUGCAUGGCAAUAUAUAACGCGGGACUCAAUAUGCAUAGAAACGAGGGACAAAUGGGUUCUGUAAUGAUAACAGUUCCACAGAGAAUUCCAUUCUAGUCUUGCUACAGAUUCUGGAAACAAACCGAACUAGUACAAGGGUGCAGUUCGGCAAACAGUGUAUGGAUUUUUAUAAAGAAUUUAACCCAGCUAAAAUAAGCCGGUAAUAUUUAUAAUACGGUCGUUUCACUAUCAAAUGUAUAAGCUUUCAGAUAGGCAAUGUUUAUCUGUAACAAAGACUGCAAUUGGUCAAUAGGCGCAGACUUAUGUUAUAUAACGAAUGAUUCUGGAAUAUUCAUUUCCGCAUCUAAAGCCGUAAAGGUCAUGCUGUACCAACGUAAAACUGAGAGACAUCCAUCUUAUAUCAGACGGACAACUUAAUACUUUUUUUUUUUUUACUGAAUAUACACGAUUUUAUUAAAAUGAUAAGCAUAUGAUAAAAAAAAAACUCGUUUUGCUUUCCUUCUAUCAGACCCUUCAUUACGGCAGAUAAAUAUGUUGAUAUGUAUUACAACUUUUAAAAUUAAAAUCAUAAACAUUUUCAGGUUUGGGGAUGUUUCAUUGUUAUGAUACUUCGCCACUUUAUAUCGUUGUUAAAAUAUAUAAUUGUUUUAUGUUGGAUUGACUUGGAAUUAUAAGGAUAUUGUUUGUAUUUUACCCCCAAAUCCAUGCAGUAAUUAUUUGGAAAAUUACAAAAUCGCUGUGCUGAACAUGAAUGGUGUUCGUCCCGGUACGGUCGCUCACAUAACGUGCAACUAUUUUCCCCAUUCAUAAUAUGUACUGAGAAUCUUAAACUGACUAUAACCCCUAUAUAAUUUAAAGUUUUUUUGGUUUUUUUCCUUGUUACAAGUUUCUUGAUUGGUUAAAUGUGAACAUAUGACCAAAAACCCAAACAGUUUAUAUUUGUAUUUGUAACAUUACUUACAGAUUUUCCGAAUCCACAUUUUCUAACCAACCAAUGUCGUACUCACCCUUACAUAAUUUACACUGUCCUAGAAACAGAAAGAUUUCCUGUUUUUCUUCUUUUUGGAAUAUUUGAACAUAAUAAUUAUUAAAAAAUAGACUAGACGUCUACAUCGUUUUUACAACAGUGACUCUCAGGUUCUAUCGCCUGCUAGAUAUCAAUCUGACAGUGUAGGCAGAUUCAAUCAAACCGAAACAAGAUUAGGUGUCUCGCGCUGCUUCAUUGUGUCAUAUCAGCCAGUUCAGCAACGAAAUUAGUAUAGGGAUCGAAUCUUGAUGUUUUAAGUAUUUGGGAGUAUGCACAGACGUUGAUUUUAGUUAUACAUACUUAAGACUAAUUUCCACGAACACGACAACCCCGAGCAUAGCUCCAGACUACCAGCACCCUAUCCCUGAGUGAUGCAGAGUUCGAAUUACAACACAAAAUGUUCCGAUGUUCUAUCGAGAUAUAGAAAUGUGUUAAAACAAACACUGUUUUGUCGCGCGUGCGUCAUCACCGGCCAACUUCCAUGCAUGAUCUCUUAUCCCUCUAAAGAACGACUUCACAACUUCAUCGGUUUACAAAGUUGAAAACUCCUCCUAGAUAGAGACGAUACGAUUAUAGCUCAAUCGAAAUGAAAUGGCUGUUUCUUCGUCAAUUUUCUCAAAAAGCCGAUUGAAACGGCUGAGGGAAAUUCUUACGUGGCUCAGUCUCAAGAUCUCAAAAAUGACGCCGCAAGGUUCCGUCAUAUCACUACACGUAAUUAUUAAAUUAAAUUAAAACGUUCGUUAUUUUAAAGAUGUUUUCAGUUUUCCUGUCACUGAGAUCCCCAAGAGAGUGACCGUACCAGCUUAAUUUUCUCUUACCCUGCUAGCCCUGUCAUAUGUAUAAUACACCGUUGAUGCUACGGGGCCGAUGCGUUGUCAACUUAGCAUUAUGGGCGUGACAUCAUACAUACUUGGGUAAGACAAGGAUUUGUUUACCCUGGACAGGUAAAUCCACACUUGGUUUGUUUCUCAACUACAAUGCAUAUGAUAUUAUUCAAUUUGUCUUGUUUCAAACUUAUAUAGAUUUAGGAGGUAUAUGAAAAUAAUUGUAUUUCUGAAUUGGUAUCUCAUUUGAUCUUAUAAGUAUGAGAAUUUAAAAAAAAUGCCAAAGCAAACCAUAACAUUGUGUAAAAAUUGAGAAUGUGUGACUGAAAUAUAAUGUGUUAUGUUUAAUGUACUGUUGAAAAACUUCAAAAAAUAAAUUAAAAAAUAAAUAAAUAUCCACAUUUUUUCCGUUUAAGAUAUCAUUUUCUCACAUAAGGGUUGAUAAUUGGGAUUCCCCAAUCAUCACAGUUGAAUGACGUCACGUUCACGAUGCAUUGAGCCCGUAUCAUCAAUAUUUUAUUAUAUAUAUACAAAGCAGACACAACAGGGUAAGAGAAAAUCAAACCUUUACCCAGGUGAAAUAGGGAAUCCCAACCACAAGGGUAAAGUUGCAAAACAAUCGGCAAGGUUUAUGUUUGGGGUCUGACAAAUUAAGAUUCCCCUACCAAACCAAACUGGUUUAUAUUCUAGUAUCUGGCUUUCAAGAGUGUGAAAGGCUAUACGCAGGGAAAACACGUGUUACUGUUUCCUUUCUUCUAUCAUACCUAUGAUUUUUUUCAUUUUUGGGUCGUCGCAUGAAAUGGUCAGUAUUAUCACAAACUGUUAAUUUAAACAGCUUAUGUGUAUCAUCUUAAAGUAUGUUGAAGUACUUCUUUAAUGUAAUUACAUUUCAAGGGAGAUGGCUUUACAUAAGAUUUAAAAUCUUGUUGCCAGAUCCUAUACAUAUUCCUAUUAACCUGUGUACUUAUUGCAUAUGAUAUAUAAAUGAAUAUUGUUUAAACCAAGCAGGGAAAGUGUGGCUACGCCUGUCCGGGCUUCAAUAGAUGUUGAUGAUCACGUUGUCGCGUCCUAUUGAUGCAGAACACCGUAAAUAUGCUUGAUUCUACAUUGAACUCUGUCUUCAUUCAGCAAGACGUUGGAUAAUCGAUGCAUUUUGUCGCCAUUUGAAAUACAAGGUCAUAUUAAUGGUUCUGUAGAUCCAUAUUUAGGAACAGUUUAGUCUUUUCAACACGCUUCACGAUAUUUGCUCAAUAGUGAAAAUGCGUUCUGACAGAUGUUCAGGUGAGAAAUUAAAGUAUGCUUUCAAUACUUUCAGACACACCCUCAAAUUGUACAAG